AUGGAGCUCAUCAUUACGCCUACUCAGGCUUUGGUGCCGUUGUCUAUUCUAUUCGUAGCAUACCACGCCAUCCAAGCCUGGUUUUUCGGUAAACCAGAAUCGAAACAUUGGGAUGAAUUGCCCGUAGUUGGACUCAAGACAGGAUGGCUAAAGUGGGUGUGGGCGACCUUGAAGUCUGUUCGAAAGACGCAGGACUGGGCGUUUGAAGGCUAUCGCAAGUUCGCCGACAUAAACAGCCCAUUUAUAUUGCCUAGCAUCGAUAGAGGCGCCAUGAUUAUCCUUCCUCCUCGUCUUAUCAAGAAGGUCUAUGGGCUUCCGGAAUCUACACUCGACAUUCAUGCUACGCAGAGCGAGACUAUCCAGACCAAAUGGACCGUAUGGGACAAGGAAGUAGCGGACAAUGACUUCCAGAUCAACGUCGUGCGCCACCAGAUCACACGAAAUCUCGAACACCUUACUCCCCUAAUGGCCGAAGAACUCGACAGGGGGUUCGAUAGGUGGUGGGGAGGAAAGGGGGACACGGAGUGGAAAGAGGUCAAAGUCUGGGAUGCCUGUUUGAAACUGAUCGCCGGUGCGAGCAAUGGAGCUUUCUGUGGAGCGCCACUAUGCCGAGAUGAGCAAUUUCUCAACGAUCUCCGAGACCAUGCAAUGAGCAUUUUCGCCGGCGCCAUGGUCAUCAACGCAUCACCUAAACCGCUGAAACCCAUUACCGGAUUUCUUGUCGGGGCAAACUGCUGGUAUCUCCGAAAAAAGGCACUCAAGGGCUGUCUGCCGUUCGUAACGGAGAGGCUGGAGGCUACCGCACGAUUCAAGGCUGACUCCAAGUGUGGAUGGACGCCACCGAAAGACGGACUCCAAUGGCUCAUUGACGAGUGCUAUGCUGCGGCUGCAAAAGGCGAUGCAGGCCAACUAGAUCCAAAGCGAGUGGCGCAUCGUCUAUUACUGGUCAACGAUAUCUCGCUACACUCGACAAGUUUCACUGUCCAGAACGUCAUCUUGGACCUUUACAGUUCUGAUCCUUCCAUGAGAUAUGUUGAGGCUUUACGUGAUGAAGCUGCCUCGGUACUUGCAAAGUCAGGAGGAGUGUGGACACGCGAUGCAGUACGUGAUCUGAAACUCAUCGACUCGAUGAUUCGUGAGUCGAUGAGACUAAAUCCAUUUGCCAUCGUUGGUCUUCCCCGAACUGUUGUGCAUCCCGAAGGUAUCCGGCUCCCAGGCUCCAACGUCCAUGUUCCAAAAGGUACCAUGAUUGCAGUUCCGAUGGAGCCAAUCCAUUACGAUGAAAAGAUCUAUCCUCAAGCACGGAGUUUCAACGCAUUCCGUUUCGCGGACCCAUCCAACGUUACUAGUAUUGUUGACAACUUUGCCGCCAAGGAGGAUCUCGAAGCUGGCAAGGCAGAUGCGAGCGAGAAGAAAGCCAAGUCGACCGCUACACUGGAUGAUGCUUUCCUUGGCUUUGGAUUUGGAAGGCAUGCUUGCCCAGGACGAUUCUUCGCUCUGAAUGAGAUGAAGGUGUUCAUAGCGCACAUGCUGCUAAACUACGAAGUGAAGCACAUGGAAGUACGACCCAAACCCCUAGACACAGUAUGGCUCAAACUUCCAUUACAUGGCGGGAAGAUUUCGGUUCGUCGUAGGCCUACAGCAUGAAGGAUAAUUAGUUAAAAAAUAUAAGUCUGCUAUCAUC